AUGGGCACCCCCAACAAAGAAACUUUGACCGACAAGAAAUUUCCUGGCAUCCACAAUGAAGACAUCAAAGUAACCUUGCUGAUGAGAAAAGUGACCUUGAACGCUAGUGUCUAUGUCAGACUGCAAAAAGAAAGACAACUGGGCAAAACGAUUGUGCGCUACCCUGUGGUUCGAAGUGAAAUCCGCACCUUUUCUUUUGAUCGCCGAACCACCCAGUGGGAGCAAGACAACGUGUUUGUGGGCCGAUUUCCUGAUCGAGCGAUGGUGGGUUUGCUGCAUUCAAAUGCCUUCAAUGGAGACACGGGCAGAAAUCCCUAUGGCUUUCAAAAGUUUGGGGUCACUCAGGUACUACAGAGUUUGAAUGAAGAAGAAUAUCGUUACGGAACCCUACAACUGACUGGAACGGAAGCCUAUGAAGAUCUGCUGGGUUACGAUCGGUUUCUACAGGCCAUGGGUGCCUACAAUGAAAACAAGAUUCCCAUGCUGCUGCCUAGUGAUUGGGGACAGGGGAAGAACUGCACGUUGUUCCUGUUCAACAAUGUGCCCAGUGGCAAAACCGAUGACCCCCAGUAUCGCAACCUUCUUCAAUCGGGCAAUGUGCGACUGGUGAUUGAUUUCGCAGCCGCUGUCAGUCACAACAUCACCGUGUUAGUGUGGAGCGAGUAUGAAAACGUGUAUGAGAUCAAUCAUCUGGGAGGUAUAAAGUACAACACCAACGGCUGA